AUGGAUCUUCUUCAAACGGUACGCAAAGAAGGCUCACGAGGCGGACGCAAUGAGUUCUCCUGGCAAGAUGUCCAGAACGACCCACACCGACAAAACUAUCUUGGUCAUUCACUCAUGGCACCAGUCGGGCGAUGGCANAAAGGCAAAGAUCUAAGUUGGUACGCGAAAGGCGAGAACGGCUCGGAAGAAGAUGCAGAGACACAGCUGAGAGAAGAGAUGAGGAAAAUCAAACAACAAGAGGAGGAUGAGAUGCUGAGGGCUAUGGGUCUGCCCGUGCCGGAUAGAGAUAAUGCGAAUCUCGAGCCUGUGGCUCUGAGGCCUGGUAUCGGAGUACAAGCGGGUCCCGCUGCANNGAGCCGGACAAGCGCGAGAGAAGCAGGAGUAGGAGCAGAGAGAGAAGACACAGAAGGCGCGACGGCCACGGCAGCAGGAGUCGCGAGAGAAGACACAAGAGACGGUCACGUUCAAGAGAUGGCGAUGAGCACCGGCGACACAGGCACCGACGAGACGACCGCGAUCGCAGACAUGAUGAGGAGGAACGCAGACACCAUCACAGUCGUCGCGAGCGCUCGAGGUCGAGGUCUGGAGAGCGCAGGAGACACAGAAGUCGCUCACCAAGGGACAGAAGGGAGAGGGAUGGAGAGAGACGCAGACGUUAUGAUUGAAUGA